GAGCCGGAGAAGAUGGUGAGAGAAGCUAAUGAGCUAAACGAUGCGUUUAGGGGAUGAACGCAAUGGUGGUUAUCCCCCGCGGAGCACCCAAACUGUUCUCCAAACAACAAACUAAUUUCGUUCAUAUUUUCGUCAUCGAUUUCAUAAACCGUUAACUAUGCUUCUUCUUCUUCCGCUCACAGUCAUAUCCCAGCGGAGAAGCCGAAGAAGGAGCCCUCUCCCCUUCUUCCUUCAUGGCUUCCUCCUUCUCUCCUUUCUCCUCCGUGCGCUUUCCCUCCCCUCUCCGUAACCCGAACCCUAAUUCCCUUCUCCUUCUCCCCCCUCGCACCUCAACGCUCAGUUUCACCGUCAAUUCCUUGCCCCCGCGUAAGCUCGAAAACUCCGCCACUCCUCCGCCACCUUCCUCUGAGAAAAAAUCAUUCGCCGUAGCCACGGGGGAGAUUUUCUUGAGCAUUGCUUCGCGACUGAUUAAUCGCCGGAGUAGCAACACUGUUGUUGGCGAUUCUGGCUCUGUGACCAUGUUUGAGAGUUCAACCAAGAAAGGAGCAUUUUACGAGGAGCGGAUUGGAGCGGUGAUUGAGGAUGAAGUUGAGCCUGGGGUCGUGUGGGAGCAGAGGAUUGAGGAUGUUGAGGCUGAGCGGGAAAGGCGCAUAAUCACUAGCCCUGGGUUUAGCUUCUCGGCAGCUGGGCUUUUGUUUCCUUAUCAUCUUGGAGUGGCGAAAUUUCUCAUUGAGAAGGGCUACAUUAAGGAAACCACGCCAUUGGCUGGUUCCUCUGCCGGAGCUAUAGUCUGUGCUGUAAUUGCCUCUGGUGCUAGUAUGGAAGAGGCCCUGGAAGCUACCAAAAUAUUGGCUGAAGAUUGUCGGAGCCAGGGAACUGCAUUUCGGCUGGGGGCGGUUCUCCGCAAUGUUCUUGAAAACUUUUUGCCAGAUGACACUCAUGUCAGAUCUAAUGGGAGAAUUAGAGUUGCUGUGACACAACUUCUUUGGAGACCCAGGGGUUUAUUGGUAGAUCAGUUUGAUUCCAAGGAAGAUCUCAUCAAUGCUGUUUUUACUUCUUCCUUUAUUCCAGGAUAUCUUGCACCAAGGCCAGCAACACUUUUUAGAAAUCGCCUAUGCAUUGAUGGGGGGUUGACAUUGUUUAUGCCACCAACAUCUGCUGCACAAACGGUUCGUGUUUGUGCUUUCCCAUCAAGCCGAUUGGGACUGCAAGGCAUAGGGAUCAGUCCAGACUGCAAUCCUGAAAACAGAGCUAGUCCUCGUCAGCUAUUCAAUUGGGCACUCGAGCCAGCAGAUGAUGAAAUCCUUGACCAGCUCUUUGAGCUUGGAUAUCUCGAUGCAGCUGUGUGGGCAUUAGAGAAUCCAGUUGAAAAGACACUGCAAGAUAAUGUUCCUGUGGCUUGAAUGAAACAGCAUAACAACAGCAUUGAAUCACUGUGGAGAUCGCUAGUCCUAUUGGAGAUUGCUGAUUAGCAAAGGAGCUUGUUUUAAAUCCUUUGAAGAGAACAUCAGAUCAAAAAACCCAAAAAGGGGGAAUAUAGAAGUAGUAUGUAGGUCUUGGUAGCUGAUAGCUACGCAGGACGUAAAUAUGGUUUUCUUGAUCUUGCAUAUUCGUAGAAGCGUACGAAUUUUAUAAACUCUUUACAGAAGUAAAAGAAUAGAUACAGCUUAUAAAACGAGGAGGUACAAAAGGGAAA